AUGGCAGGUGAAUCGGGUCCUGUCGAGGUGUCUCGGCCGAUUGCAAUGGUGAUUGCAGGUCUCCUCACCCUGGCGUGUUGGAACGUCCUCCAAAUCCUCGUUUCCAUUUUCAAUACCUUCAAGCGCCGUCGCGGCCUUUACUUCUGGAGCAUGGUGAUCGCCACCUUGGGAAUUCUUGUUCACGCUCUUUCGACAUUCCUUCGCUACUUCGCUCUCGCUCCGAAUUUUCCCAUGUGCGUUUUGAUCUGCAUCAGCUGGUAUUCUAUGGUCACUGGACAGUCUGUGGUGCUGUACUCACGGCUGCAUCUGGUUACGAACUAUGAUUCCUACUCCCGCUGGGUGCUGGGCAUGAUCAUCUUCAACUUCUGCGCCUUGCAUAUUCCCACCACUGUGCUCUUCCUCGGGAUCAAUCUUGGCGUCAAAAGCUUUAUCCGUCCGUUUGAUAUAUACGAGCGUGUUCAACUGGCUGGAUUCGCCGCCCAGGAGACGAUUAUCAGUGGGUUAUACAUCUGGGAAACUAUGACCAGCUUGAGACCCGUUUUGGCGAUGAAGGGCCGUCGGGGUCAGAAAGUUGUUAUCAAUCUACUUGUCGUCAACACUUUCGCAGUUUUAUUGGAUGCAGCCCUCCUGGCGACAGAGUAUACAAACCAUUUUGACGUGCAGACUACCCUCAAGCCAGUCGUCUACAGUAUCAAGUUGAUGCUAGAGUUCACAGUACUCAACAGUUUGCUUCUUGUGAUCCGCACAAAUCCAUCGGCUAUUGAAGACGUCGAACAACUACAUGAUGAUCUUCACAUCGACACAGGAUGGAGUGGGAAAAACUCCAACAAUACUGCCGUUUUUCUCGGCGAUCCAGGACAGUCCGAUCAAAGUGAUGACGGGGUCCAAAUAUCACCUAUAAGAUCAGAUCCCUCUUGGGUUUCGUUCGACCAUCGGGUCAAGCCCGCUUGA